AUGGCUUCAGCUUCGGCCGUGUUGGCCAUGCUCCUACUUUUCCUGCCAUGGAUGGUAAACGCGAUCGAUGUAGAUGUAAAUUCUACAGAGUCCGUCAAGAAAGCCGCCAGCAUUGUAGCUCACGACAUGGUGAGGUACUAUAAAGGCAAUGAGAGCGGACAGAUACCGGGACUCCUUCCCAAGCCAUAUUACUGGUGGGAAGCAGGAGCCAUGUUCGGCGCCUUGAUCAGUUACCGUUUUUACACGGGCGACUCGACGUACGACGCCAUCACGAUGCAAGCUAUGCAGUUCCAAAUUGGCCCCUUUGGUGACUACAUGCCGCCCGAGCAAACCUCGUCUAUGGGAAAUGAUGACCAGGCGUUCUGGGGCAUGGCAGCUUUGGCUGCCGCGGAAACGAACUUUCCCAACCCACCCAAUCCAAAGGAUCCAUCGUGGUUGGCGCUGGCCCAGGCCGUUUUCAAUGAGCAGGUUGGUCGUUGGGAUACAAGGUCCUGCAAUGGCGGCAUUCAUUGGCAGGUCCCCGAAAUAAAUGCUGGAUAUAAUUUGAAGAAUACCAUUUCAAAUGGAUGUCUCUUUAAUAUCGCAGCCCGACUAGCAAGAUAUACCGGUGACGACCAUUAUGCCGAAUGGGCUGUGAAGAUAUGGGAUUGGCUGGCUCGGAUUGGCUUGAUAGAUGAAAGUUUCCAUGUUUUUGACAACGCAGAGGCCAUGAAACUCAAUUGUACCGAGCUGGAUCGUAAUCGGUGGACAUAUAAUGCAGGAACUUUGCUCAUGGGUGCCUCGACCAUGUUCAACUACACAAACGGCGAUGCCCUCUGGCGCAACAGAACCGCCGGCCUCCUCAGCACCAUCACAACCGACUUCUUCCCAACCGAUAUCAUGCGCGAAGGUUGCGAAGACAUAGGAACAUGCAACGUAGAUCAACGCUCCUUCAAAGCCUACCUUUCACGCUGGAUGGCAGUGACCACGCAGAUGGCCCCCUUCACCUUUACAAAAAUCCACAGCCUCCUUCAGUCAUCCGCAAAGGCCGCCGCAGCACAAUGCACUGGGGGUGCUUCAGGCACGACUUGUGGCAUAAAAUGGCGUACUGAUGGGAAGUGGGAUGGGACGGAUGGCGUCGGCCAGUCGAUGUCUGCCCUGGAAGUCUUACUCGGGACAUUGGUCAAGGAAACUCGGCCACCGGUGACGAGCAAUACUGGCGGGAACAGUGCGUCGAACCCGACCGCGGGGCACAAUUCGUCUGAUGCCCAGACUCAAACUUACAUUCCUCCUGCUACGCGGGGUAGUAAGAUCGGGGCAUGGUUUUUGACAGCGGUUAUUGUGGUGAUGGCAGUGUGGACGACGUGGUUUUUGAUAUCGAAUUCUUGGGAAGAGAAGACCACGGCGGUACCGAGCAAAGAGAAAAUGAAGGAGAAAGAGCCCAUGGUGUUAGAUUUGAAGGGGAAGCGGAGCUCACAGCUGGUGGGGGGUGAUUCCAGUUCGAGGAAAUCCGUGGCGGUCUUACCUCCUAUUAGUAACGAGGAGACGACUAUGCCGAAGGAUGUCGAAAAAGGUGAGGCCAUUCAAGGAAAGGUGCAAUGA